ACCUACGCCAUUUUAUGGGUUACUUUGGUUACCAACUGGUUACCAAGGCGUCACUAAAGACAAACUUUGCGCUAGCGUACCUUUUCCUUUUUCUCAUUGGCUAGCCAGAAAUGCGCUAAUAACGACGUUGCACGACCUCCAUGUUAUAUACAUACCCAAGCGUACGGUACCAUCUCAUGGCAUGCAAGAGAUAUUUUUAUCUACUUAGCCACAGAACCAAAAGGAAUAGCACAGACUGUCAGUUGAAAUAAUAUUAAUGUACGUAAUUACUUUGUACAUUUCAAUGGCAUUUAUACACCAAGUCCUCGUCAUACGGCCUGUGGUUUGUACAUGUUCAAGAAAUGAUAACGUUCAAAACUACUGAUAGUUCUGACAUGCGCAAAAGAGGCGUGGAUAAACGCAGCGUGAGCGCAAUUGUCCGCGCGCGUGCUCGUCACAUCUUUCAUUGUUCUUGCCUAGCGACUGUGGAACAUAUACAUUCGAUCUGACAGCGGAAAGGUAUAUAAACCCCCGGUGUUUAGCGGUUUCCCAAGAAACUUCGUUUUACUACUGACUAGUAGACUUACUUCGUACCACUGGAUUUUUAUAUCUGCAACUCAAUCAAACUUUUCGUACAUACUACAAGUAACAAAGACAUGAAAAUCUUUGCAAUACUCAUAGUGUUUACUCUGACUUUAUCGGCGACGUCUGCUAAGCAUCUUGAUGGCGUUAUUAACUCUGGUCAGGUAAAAGAUUUGACUACACGCCUUGUUUAUUUCUUUUCUACAGCUUAAUUUAAGACGUCGAUAACGCAAAUUGCUUAGGAUUUUGUGUUCUUGACUCGGUUUGUUUUCCAACCUGAUGAAUAUGGCGAGAUGGAUUACACUUUCACAUACCCAACGACCGAAUGUUGUUAUCAAAUGCUCAUCUUCAAUGACGAGCCGGGACAGUGGCCAUACAUAAGAGAUCACGAGGAUCAGCUGGAUUGCUUGGACAGGAAAGAAUUAAUUCCUGGUCACUACAAUGGCAAGGUGACACUCAGCACCUCACAGAACUGUGACAUCCGAAUCAACGAUAACACAGGGGCAGAGGAAUUUUACUGCCAUGGUACACGUCACUUUGACGUCAUCAAGGAACGCUGGUGGUACAUUGCCAUUGCACACUGCGGUGGAGAUGGAAUUAACAACUUCAAAUACAACAUCGAUUUGUAUAACGGCAAAACAGCAUUUGACAAGAACUUCUCAGCUGACGAACGAUACAUUCUCCAAACUGACAUAGCAUUCCUUGGACUUUACCUGAUCAUAUGUGGAUGCCUUUUGAAAUGCAGAAAGCUGAUGUUUCAGCGUCGAAUGUUAAACGCCAUCUAUCGACUUUUCUGUUACUCGUGUUGCCUGCAGACCAUUAGCCUUCUUUUCCAGACCAUUGCUUUAGGAAUGUACGCCAGUAAUGGUGUUGGGUUGGAACGUCUACGAAAACUUGGCGAAAUGAUAUCAUCCGUAUCGACUCUCCUUUUCGUCCUGUUACUCAUCCUCGUAGCUAAGGGAUACACUGUAACUCGUGCUCGCUUGAGACCGAUUACCAGUCUUAAGAUUGCAAUCUUCACUUGUUUUUACUUUUUUGCUUACUUUGGACUUUACGCCAUGCAACAAUUGUUCUACGACCCACGAGAUGUUGCUAAUAAAUACGACUCAUUUGCCGGACUUGGAAUCGUCAUCAUGCAUUUUAUUGGACUGGCUUGGAUGUACUACGCUUGUUUCUUCACCAUUAAACAUAAUCGUAGUAAGGCUGUGUUCUACAUCCCAUUCAUUGUCAUCUUCACGCUCUGGUUCCUCGCUAGCCCCAUCACCAUCUGGAUGUCGAACGAAUUAAUUGCAAAAUGGAAACGAGCCAAAAUUGUCAAUGGACUUGAAAUGAUUGCCAUAUUUUAUGGUCACGUGGUAUUUCUUCUGUUGACCCGACCUGCUGCCAACAACCAAUACUUCCCAUUCCAUCUGACUAUAAAUACGGUUGGCAUAAUGAAUGACGACGUCACUGAUACUAGUGAAGCAACCCCGGCACCACCAGUGUUCUCAUCUCUAUUCAAUGCCACUCAAGCCAAAUACGUGACGGAAUCUGAAUGCCAAGAAACUGUAAAUGAGUCACUGGUCGUACCAAUCAACUUCAACAGGCAUACAUCCAAUGGGGAUGCUACAGUAAACAGUCCGCCUUCUUCUAGCGAUGUCAAACUCUGCCUGUCAGCCAAAGAUGCCGCACUUUUACCCAAAGGCCGUUUUAUCGUCGUCAAAGCUUUUAUUGAAGAAGUUUAAAUUCGUAAAGAACUAUCAUAGGGGGAAUUUUGCAUUCAUUUGCCACAUUGGAGUUUACCGCGUAUUUUACAUUGCUCUCAGCUUAGUUGAAUUUUCAUAAUCUAUAAUAAAUUUUUUACAAAGUCUUCACAAUAAAUUAGAUGUCAAAUUUAAAUAUGUAUUAUGAGUCAUGUUUUCAUUCAGUUUCUGUUUCUUCUAAAAGGUACACAUCAGUAGUUCGACUGAAGAAUCGAAGGAUAACAACACCGUUAUUCACAAACAUCCCUAUCACACCACAUUUCAGUGACAUCAGAUCUCGUCCUGUUCUUCAGAAACAGAUCUUCCAAAGCUUGUUCCAUAAAAUCGCUACACUGAGGCUGUGACAGUGCUUUCACUGCAAUAACUGUCCCGACACAAUCGUGGAAAGGCUUCCAUGAUUUGACCGAUAAAUUGUCUUCUACGUAAUCUAGCUGUCUAGCGAUGGCGUGCAGCGAUCUUACA